UCAUUCCUUUAUUAAUUAAAGAAAUAUUUAUUGAGAACCUAAUAUAUGCAAUCCUCUGUACUAUUCCCCAAGCUCAAUUGUUUCUCUAUCGCUAAAAUGCCAAUAAAUAAGAAUACCACUUUUAUAAGAUUGUCAUAAUUGUUAAAAUAUGUAUUUGUUUAGGGCAUGGCCUAUACAAUUACAAAAAUUAUUGAGGGCUUGUAAUUAUUACUAUUCAAGAACCAGGAAUAAAGAAAAAGGGUCAAAACAGGAGACCUUAAAUGUUUGCACUAAAAUUCAUGCAUUUAUUUCACAGGUGAGCCUUCAGAAUUCAGUUUGGGCCUGUUUGCUCUUCAUUUACACAACAUUCUUUCAAAACGUGAGGAUCUGCUUUCCAAAUACCCAGCAGACAGGAGAGACGGAGGUGCUGCAGUCAGCCAUGUCACCUGCGGAAAUCCUAAGGAACUUUCUUUCCUGUUUGCGGCAGAAUCUUUAUGCUCAAGGCUGGUUCCUAGGUCCCCGACCACGCAGACCCGGGUGGCAAGCAGGCCACCCCCUCAGUCUUCCAACAGCUGGUCCCGCCUGGGCUUCCUCUCGCCAGGAAUACUCUCAGCAGCCUUUCCCUCGCAAGCCGAGUUCAGGGAAUACCUGGGCAUCGUGGCCGGGCUGCCGCAAACGUCACGGGCUCGGAGGAGAGACCAGCCUAGAAUCAGGCGGCGAGCUAUGCAAGGAGUCUAUCCUGACCUUGUGAUCCACCCGCCUCGGCCUCCCAAAGUGCUGGGAUUACAGGCAUGAGCCACCAUGCCCGGCCAUCCCUUUCUUCUUUUAGGGAAAAGAGAUUGGGGGGAAAUGUGAGAGGAGAUGUCAUUUCUACAUAAAUCAGGUGGGCAGCAGGGAAACUGCUCUGUCCACUUCUUCCUGCUUGUCACUUCUCUUCCUCAAUUUUCAAAUUACUGGAGCCUCCCCUCCCUAGAAAUCAGCUGCUCGGGGCGGGGGAGUGGGUGGGGGAAACAUGUUCUUGGCAUCCCACCAACAGGUAAAGCCUUUUUCUAGAGAAACAUGGUUAUCCAUGGUGGUUACUUCUUCAGGAUCAUGCUUCAGGUACAAUUAAGGGUUAAAUGUAUUGUUCUAGGAACUUGACCACUGUGUAUUUUUAUUAAAUUGGCAGGUAGAUGUAAGCACAUGUAUUUCUUUUAUGAAAAAAAAAAAAAAAUCCAAACAGCAAACUAUUAAACACAUUUUUGAAAUAGAGGGUCUUUAUAAGUUGUGACUAACUUCUCUUGUAAAUUGAGAGUUAAAUUCAUUUCUAAGCUAUGAUAGUAUUUGAUUUUAAGGGCACACACACACACACACAAAAUCCAGAACAUUUAAAACAAAUUUUUGGAACAUAGUCCAUUCAACUCAACUAUAUGAAAUAUGAAAUCAUGGGAGAACCAAUAUUUCUAUCUAUUUACCUAUUUAUAUAUUGUGUAUCAAUAUGCACACAUAUGGAUUAAAAUUACAAUUUGCCAAAACAGCUUUCUUUUAUAUGGAUAAAACACAGCAACACUGAAGACAAAGCAUGAAUGCAAGAGAAGGAGGUAAUAACUACCAUUUUCACUAGUACUACACCUCAGCUUUGACAAUGAAAACAUUAGGUAUUUCUUGAAGAUUAUUCAAAAGGUAAUGCUCAAAAUGGGUUUUGUAAAUCAUUUAUUAUGAUUGAAAGGGAAGAAAAUGAUAGGAGACAAAUAUUACAAUUAAACGUGUAACAUUAUUCUCUUGUAACCAAUCAUAAUAACAUACUUUGAAUUUUUGAAUGGCUAUAUAAUUUCCCAGAAAAUAAAAUUUUCACAUCAUCAGUUACAGAAAAUUGAUUUCCUUCCAUCAAAAUAUUUUACCUCUGCUCUAUCAAAAAUAAAUGCCUAGUCUAAAGUACUACUCAGUUUAAGCUAAGCCUUCACUACCUGUUUAAAUUAGAAGAUUGUGGGGAGGGGCUUACCAAAUGAUGAAUAAACUACUGCAUGAGAAUAAAGCCCUCACACAUAAGUAACAGCUCUGUCGAGCCUCUGGCUCACCAACUAAUUAUGAGAUGGCUGUCUGGGAACUUAGACACUCUACUGUAUCCCAGCCAAAAGGUUUCUGAGAGUCAUCAUAAAUUGGUUACCAGUUUAUUCUCAAAAACAAAUGUGCUUAUUCAAUGGGCGACUGUGGCUCAAAAGAUGUAGGGGAAACAGUCAAUGGAAAUCUAUUUUGAUGGGGUUUAAAAAAUAUUCUUUUUGGUCAUUAUCAAUAAAGUACAAUAUUUUUUUGAGCAA